AUGGGUAUCUCUAAGAACGACCACAUUGCUAUCAUCGGUGGAGGAGCUUUUGGACUGUCGACUGCUUUUGAGCUGUCACAACAAGGUUACACUGAUAUCACAGUCUUCGAGAGGGAUUCGGAAAUCCCCUCAAGAUGGUCAGCCGCGAACGAUUUGAACAAGAUCAUGCGUGCUGAGUAUGAGGAUCCAUGGUACACAGAGCUCGGUGUUGAAGCUGCAAAGAAAUGGCAAACCCCUCUUUACGCUCCCUACUUCCACAGAGUUGGUUACCUCAACUGCGUCUCUGGUGCCGGGACGCAGAAGGCCAUCAACUCAAUGAACUCUUUCAAAGCGGCAGGUGAAGCACAUGCUGAUAUCAAACCUUGGAUCUCCACUGUAUCAACCCGCCAGGAACUUCAAGACAUUUGCUGGCAGUUCAACCAAGGAGAUAUGCCGGGAUGGAAGGGAUACUUCAACCGCUACGAUGGCUAUGUCCACUCUGCGAAUGCACUUCGUGGUAUCUAUCGCGCUGCAAGAUCCAACGGCGUUCGUUUCUUUCUUGGCAAGAACAGAGGUGCUAUCCAGGAAAUUGUAUACAAGGGUGUUGGGUCGAGUAAGAAGAGCGUUGGUGUCAAAACAAAAGACGGACAGUUUCAUGCUGCCUCAUUGGUCAUUGUUGCGACUGGUGCAGCUGCAUCUAAGAUCGUCCCCGAGAUCGGCGCUCGUGUUUCUGCAAAAUCCUGGUCUGUCGCACAUAUUAGUUUGACGGACGACGAGACCGCAGCACUUCGCGGCAUUCCGGUCACAUAUGCUCGCGAUCUUGGAUUCUUCUUCGAGCCCGAUCCGAAGACUAAUCUCCUUAAACUGUGCCCUAUGGGAGGCGGUUUUAUCAACACAAACCCCAAAACCGGGGUCUCUGAAGCACCUGAGGGCGUUCAGCGCUUCGUACCUCCUGAGGACGAGCGCAAGAUGCGCGAACUCCUCCGUCAAACCCUACCGUACCUCGCUGACCGCCCGCUUGUUGAGAAGACAUUGUGUUGGUUUGCCGAUACUAGCGACUCCGACUUCAUCAUCGACUACCUGCCAGAAACUGGGGGUACAGUCAUGGUCCUCUCUGGGGACUCCGGUCAUGGCUUCAAGAUGUUCCCUAUUGUCGGUUCCUGGGUGAACAAUCUUCUUAAUGCUACUGAGGGCAAGCAGACAGAGAAGAGAUGGCAGUGGAGGACAAACAAGCCUAACGAGGGCGCCGCUAGUCAAGACGAUGUCAGUUGGCGCGUGGGUGACGUUCAGGAGCUGAAAGAUAUUACACCUUCCGUUGCGAAGUUGUAG